CAGGAACCAAACAGGAAACAGAUGCUCGCCGCAGUUCGUCAUUGGGCUUACCAGGGCGCCUCUGCUGGGUUCACUUUGCAUAAACAAAUUCUGUACAUGUUCAGUGAUUUUAAACCAAUGUCAAUUUUGACCAUAUAAUAGAAGCAAUGAACGGAACUACAAAUCCGCUUUUGGAUAAAGAGGAGCAUGUGUUGAAGCUUGGAGAGAGCUUUGAGAAGAAGCCCAAAUCGUCCUUCCAUACAAUCAGAUACGAUUUCAAACCAGCUUCUAUCGACACCAGCUGCGAGGGAGAAUUGCAGGUCGGAAAGGGGGAUGAAGUUACCAUAACGUUGCCACAUAUUCCAGGCUCCACACCCCCCAUGACGGUGUUCAAAGGGAACAAGCGGCCCUACCAGAAGGACUGUGUCCUCAUCAUCAACCACGACACGGGGGAGUUUGUGCUGGAGAAGCUCAUCAGUAGCAUCCAGGUCAAGAAAACCAGGGCAGAGGGCAGCAGUAAGAUACAGGCCCGUAUUGAGCAGCAGUCGGUGCGGUCCAACCAGCCCAGCUCCCAGUUCCGGGCCCCCACCAAGCCUGGGGCUGGAGUUAAGACCCCCCCCUCCCCCUCUAAGGACAACCCCUCUCCAGAGCCCCAGCUGGAUGACAUCAAGAGAGAGCUGCGAGCGGAGGUGGAGGUCAUCGAGCAAAUGAGCAGCAGUGGCAGCAGCUCCUCGUCGGACUCGGCCAGCGGCGACGACAGCUCCAGCAGUGACGGUGAACACGACGCACAACCUCCGUCCGCGCCAUUACCACAGCCACCGCCCCACCCACACGCCUCCCCCAACCCAAACCCGCUGGCCAACGGGGCCCCUGACCGGCAGCAGGGCACCAACCAGCUCAUGAGCACACUCCGAAAUGAUCUGCAGCUCAGUGAAUCAGGCAGCGACAGCGAUGAUGAUUGAAGUUAUAGCCCCGCCCCCACCUUAUCUCUUUUCAACUGUAACACCUGUUCCAUUAUUCCAAUGCUGUGGUAACAGACUUUUAUUUUAUUUAGUAUUCCCCUCAAAGCUGGCCUACUUGGAUAUUUUACAGUGUAUUUUUUAUUACAUGUGUAUUUUUUGCUUUGUAUGAAAGAGAAAAGACAGUCUAGAUGAUUAUCAUUUCAAGGUUUUUAAGUGUGCCCUUUGUGGCCCCCUACCUCCCUCUGAUCCAGAGAACCUCAAAGGUGUAAUAAUAAUUAUGCCUUCAGUUGAUAGGAAAUGUCUAGGCAUAGCACACUUAAAUGUAUUGCUGUGACGAAGAUGCCCUGUAACAGGAGUUCAUUUUAUAAAGGGGCAUGCAAAAAUCAAGCCUUCUGCCAUUUGGAAAUUAAUCACAUUUUCAAAUGUAGAAAAUGUCCAUUUGAAAAUAUUACAAACCAGCGAAAAACACAGCAAAUAGGCUUUAGAGAUGACCUGAACCUAAAAGAGAGAGAUUAGAAUCGCUGAACAACACCUAAUACCGUAUGAAUCGGUCUCUGAAAUGAAUGUUUCCACGGUGGACAUCUGAGCUCUGUGGUCGCCCCCUCCUGAAGCCUGUCCCAGCCCACUCUGAAGCACUUUCCAUUUGUUUUCCCCUUUUGUACUUUCAACCACCAAGGAAGCUAUAAACUAUGCUAGGCCUGAAAUAGCGACACGACCCUCUGCCAUACCAAACAACAAGAGCCUCCCUGGUGGUAGAAUUGGUUUCAAAGCAUGUUCAACUAGUAUUCUUUCUGUUUGUCUCGGUACGACUAAUGUUCUGCCUGUAAGUGUUGUUUGUUAUAGGUUUUCUAUGACGUAAAAUGUCCACUUAUAUAUCUGGAGUUCCGUAACAAAACGCAGUGUUCGUUUAUUAGGUCAUCCUUGAAUUCAGAGGGAUUGAAGUGAUUCUCCCUUUGGCUCUUAACCAAACUGAGUUUGUUCAUCCACUGAGCUGAGUGAAACAGUACACACACACACACACACACACACACACACACACACACACACAUCCGUCCUCCACCAGUCUAAAUCCUUCUGUCCAUUUUAAUCUCACAACAGUAACGUUUUUUCAUGGCAAGCGAAGAACAAUGUAAGAGAAGGAGUCUAAAGUAUUCAGGUUCAGAAAACAUAUAUGUAACGAUGAACAGAUAUUAACAAUCAAACUACGGCACAUAAAGCAAGUAUGAGCUACCUAAACUAACAAACCUGUAUUGUCUUUCAAUGGCCGUCUCAUUCUUACAAUCUUCAACUUGGAUUGGGACUCAAAUUUAGUUCUUUCAAAAGUCAAUUCAACUGGAAAGCUGCAGGUCAUGAUUUAGACUAGCUUUUUUAACACCUUGUAACUAAGUUAACAUGUAGACACUUUACUGUCCCUUACUGUUUGUCUGUGAUUUCAAAACAUUGUUUGUUGACCUCUUGUAUUGUGUAUUAUACUUUUUGAAUUGUAUUAAGAGUUUGCUUAAAUUUCAAUAAUGUGUUGCGUCUGUUAGGUGUACGGGCAGUCAUGCACAUGUCUUAUCUACUGGAAGCUGCACAGUACAACCACUGCCCUCUGGUGGUAGACUGUAGGAACUGCAAAACAUUUCCUAAGCCAAGGGAGUUUAAAUACUUCGAUAAUUAAUUCAGUGGAAGGUGAAUGGCAAGAAUAAUAACGACAGAUGAUCUCAUGAUGUGAUAACACAUUGAAAAUCUGGACUGACAUACAAGCCUACAGCAAGUUUAUAAUUUGAUUCCCAGACAAAUCGUAAUUAUUCUGAUUAAAAUAGCAAUCAAUGAAAUCCUUUCAGAUUUCCAAAAGUGACUGACCCGAAUCUUAUUUUUAAAUAUAGAGGGGCUCCUUAGAAUGGUGAAUAUUUGGGUUUAAAUAAAAAAAGUAGCUUACACAGACAAAAAAAAACGAAAAAAGGAGACAAAGUGUGAAGGAAGACAGAACGGUGAUAUUCGAUGAA